AUGAGUGAAAACGAACAAGUAGAAGAAUCUACCAAUGUUUUAGUGACUCCAGGUAGACAACAGCAACAGUCGUCUGCAACACCACCAGCGGCAACAACAACCACCACAAGUAAUACAAAUGUAGUACAACCAACUUUAAGUAGUAAUGGUAGUGGUGAUAACUAUCUUGAUGAAGCCACACUCCUAAUUAUCAAGAAACGAUUGGAACAAAUCGAAAUUACGAAAAACGAAGAAAAGAAACUAGCGAAACAAGUACAGAAAUCAAUGAAAGAUUUGAGUAGCUCUCUCGCAACAUUGAAAGAAGAUGAAAAGGUUAAGCUAUUACUAUCUAAAUAUCAACAAAAUUUAACAGAGAGAUUUAAAUAUGAUAAGAAAUUAGCACAAAAUGAAGAAGCUAUGAGUGUUUUGAAUAAAGAUAAUGGCAGAUUGGCAGCAGAAUUGACCAAAUCAAACGUUGUAAAGGUAAGACUGGAAACAUUGUUCAAAGAGGUACAGAAAAGAAACGACGAAGUCAUGGAGUACAGCAAGAAAACCGCCGUCGAGGAGGAUCAAAAGCGUAGAGAUCUAUCGGAUAAAUUCAAUGCUACUCUCAAGGAUGUCUCUAGCAAGCUGAACGAUUUUAACGAUCAAAACGAACGUCAAGCCAAAUAUAUUGAAGAAUUACAAGAUAGAAUCAAGUCGUUCGAAGAGAUCUCACAGAAAUCCAAUGUUAAGUUCGAUUCCGUAUUGAAGAAGACCGAAGCUGAAACCAGUAUUUUAAUCUUAAAGUUACAUCAACAAAUUGAAAUGACAAACAGAGAGAAUGCAAAGGCAAUAAAGUUAAAGGAAGAAUUAGAUAGAUUGACAGCAGAGAAUUUAAUUCAAAAAGAAAAAGUCAAGUAUUACGAAGAUAAUUUCAGUCAGUUCCAAGAUAUCAUUCAGAAAUCCAAUGAGAAAUUCCUAAGCUUCAAGAACGACAUGGAGAAAGUAACAAAAGCAAACAGAUCAUUGGAAAAAGAUAAUAAACAAUUACAUUCAAAGAUUGAAGGAACCAACAAAGCUCUUAUCAAUACAAUGACAGAGUUAACACAACAAAAGAAACAGAAUGAAACUUUAAAGAAUCUUUGCAAGACCCUAACCACUGAACGAACUCAGAUGCAAAAUGAACUCAAAAAGUACACCACAUCCAACAACAACACUACUUAUUCAGAUGACACUGCCAAUGACGUUGAAAAAGAAGAAAUCAAUAAUACUAAUGACAGUAACAGUAACUCUACAGCUACUGUGGUUGAUGACGAUAGUAAUAAUAAAAAUUUGAAUGCCAAUGUACAAUCGACAGCAACAAAUGACAAUAACAAAAACAAUCCACAACAGACCACCGAUAAUCAAAACAAUAGUAAUAAUAAUAAUAAUAACAAUGAUAAACACUCUGAGAAAAGCGAAAAGAUCAUAAACACAACAACUAAACUGUCAGAUGUCGAUUAA